GCCGGUGUUGGCCUGCCCCGGCGAGGUUGGCGUGACCUGAAGGUUGGUGGUGGCUCAAUACGCUCUUGGAUCAGGACCUAUGAGGAGGGUGGGGCUCGGGCGCGAGGUACGGCAGGCUGCGCUCCACCUCUUCCUCGAGGAGCAUGUGCAAUGGGCGGACGGCAGCUUGUGCGGUGGUGCAGGGGCCUCAACGGGUGCACAAUGGGGACUCCAUCCAUCUCCUACGCACCGCAACCCUCCCCUUCUCGGCACAGCAGAAACAAGGAUGCCGAGGCGGUUCAGUUGCGAGGAAGAGUAGGAAGAUCGGGCGGAGAGGGUUUCACAUACCUCUUCUACACUUACAAGUGUUCCUUUCCAGGAUUUCCAUGGGGGCUUUGGAUGGUGGCCUUGAUAUUCCACACAGUGACAAGAGAUUUGUUGGCUUCAAGAAGGAUGAGAAGCAGCUGGACACUGAGAUUAACCGCAACUACAUUUAUGAAGAUCAUGUUGCAAACUACAUGAAGUCAAUAGCUGAUGCAGAACCUGAGAAGUACCAAUUUCACUUUAGUGAGUACAUCAAGAAGGGGAUUGCGGCUGAUGACAUGGAAGCACUGCACAAGAAGGUUCGUGCUACCAUUCGUGCUGAUCCUACCAUGGCAAAAUCAACCAAGGAACCUCCAAAGACGCACAAGAGGUAUAAUCUCAAGAAGCAGUGA